CUGGAGUACGAUUUCCAGAAUACGACGCUUAUAUUGAGGAUCAUUCAGGGCAAGGAGCUACCUGCAAAAGAUCUAAGCGGCACUUCGGACCCUUACGUCCGAGUGACGCUCCUCCCAGACAAGAAACAUCGGCUGGAAACCAAGAUCAAGCGACGAACUCUGAACCCGCGGUGGAAUGAGACCUUCUACUUUGAAGGCUUUCCUAUACAAAAGCUGCAAAGUCGGGUACUGCAUCUUCACGUAUUCGACUACGAUCGCUUCUCCAGGGAUGACUCCAUUGGAGAAGUCUUUUUGCCACUUUGCCAGGUGGAUCUAAGUGAGAAGCCAUCUUUCUGGAAGGCUCUGAAGCCGCCAGCGAAGGACAAAUGCGGCGAGCUGCUCACCUCGCUGUGCUACCAUCCGAGCAACUCCGUGCUCACACUGACGCUGCUGAAGGCGAGGAACUUGAAGGCCAAGGAUAUUAACGGGAAAUCAGAUCCGUACGUGAAAGUAUGGCUGCAGUUCGGAGACAAGCGCAUCGAGAAACGCAAGACCGCCAUCUUCAAAUGCACACUCAACCCCGUCUUUAACGACGCCUUUUCGUUCAACGUCCCUUGGGAGAAGAUCCGUGAAUGCUCGCUCGAUGUCCAGGUCAUGGACUUCGAUAAUAUUGGGAGGAAUGAGCUCAUUGGACGGAUACUUUUGGCCGGGAAAAACGGUUCCGGCGCCACAGAAACCAAGCACUGGCAGGACAUGAUCACCAAACCUCGGCAGACCAUCGUGCAGUGGCACCGCCUGAAGCCGGAAUAAGUUGUUAAAGUAACAGUCGUCGGCAGGACUCCUGAACUACUGCAAUACACGCGUAUUUAGCUUUAGUCUUGAAACUUGCGGGAUGAAGGCUUUAUGACAUUUGAGUGUAAAGCUAUUCAAAUCAUUAAGCAUAUGUCUUAAAUAUACUGAUGUAAAUCGUCUGAUGAAAGCUACCAUGUCUCGGGCCGUAUAACUCAUUGUGAUCUUGAAUCUAAUUUAGUCUGAUGACUGAAUGAAAGCGACUACGAACCGUGAGUCUCGGCGCGUAGAAGUUUUGAAUCGACUGCCUGAAAGCCGCUAUCUACGAGUAUGUGACUGUUAUUUUCAAAUAACUUAUUGAGUCUUGAACCUACAUCUGAUGACUUACUACUCUGAGUUUUUGUGUCUUAAAUCUAUUUUAGUCUGAUAACAGUGAUAGACUUGAUUAGGUACUCCAUGAAAGCUACGUUUAUCUAACUCUUAUUGCUAAACCACAAUUCAUUGAAUCUUAAUUCUGACUUCUGAGCCGUUUAUUGAGUCGUAAAUGUACUUUAGUAUGAUGAAUUCAUGAAGGUUAUUAUACCACGUUACAUUAGAUUCUCAACCUUACGAAUAAUUCUUAAAAUUUAGGAAAAGAUAUCAGUUUUUGAUAUAAUUGUAUUCAAACCCGAUAAGUCGUAGAAAUCUUGCUUAGGAGAGUUACAACAGAGAACGUCAAGAUAAUACGCGUGUAUUGAAUCAUUUGAAUCUAAGUAAAGAGGUACGUUAAGUCAUACGUAGUAAGUGUGAGUGUCAACACACAGAGCGCUUGUAUUAAAUGCAGUAACUUGUAUUUAAAAAGUAAGUCAUUCAUCCUGUCAUUGUUAGUUAUUAAUAGCUAUUAAUUUACAGACGAGUUAGAUGUUUGAAAAGGUUAUCCUUACACUUAAUGUUUCAAAGAAUAUUAAAUUAAUAAUACCCUAAAAAAGUUUAAGGAAUCGGUUACUCUUUUUCAUCUAAUGCUUGAAUGUUUUUAAAAAUAUAACUGGUGUAACAUCAGAGAGGAAAAAUAAGACGACUUUGCCCAUAGAGUUAAUGACUGUGGGGCAAAGUAAAUAAUAUUGAAAUAGGUCGUGUGUUUAGAGAAAUAUGAUAGUAUCAUGAUUUUUUUAUAGAAUAUUUAUUUUAGUUCAGGGAUCUUGUCGGCAAUGAAAAUAAAACGUCAUAAGACUGAGCGGUUAAAGGUUUAACGGUAAAAUCCGUUCUGAAAUCUCACUUGACGCUGUGCACGACUUUUUUCUUUGAUCUGUUUUCAUGGGUUAGUCGCUUUGGUCUUUCUAUAUUUUCGGUAUUCGUCACACCAAUUAGAAGUUUUAAUAAAAAGUACGGAAUAGGACAAAUACUGAAAAUUUUGAAAACAAAAGCGAAUGAUUAUGAUAACAAUAAAGUUUGUAUCUGUCAAUGCUUUUAAAAAACUUUAUUUAAUUUAAAUUUUAUCGCACAGUACUCUUUAAAGUAACGUAGAAUUAGUUUUAACUCAGCUCGAGUAUUUCUUUUCAUACAAUAUGUUUGUAUGAAAAUUUCAUUAAGCUUAAAAGUUGAAUCAAUGUUAAGAUUUGAAUAAAUUGUUAGAGGUAUAAAAUAAUUGUUAAAAUGUAGAAAAUAUACGGGAAAUGUCGAGUUCGCAUCGCACAAAGAAAAAAGUAGUUUUUAUUUUAUAUUUGCGAAAAUGAAUAUAAUUUAUAUCACAAUAUUAUUUUAUUUACCCUGAUCUUAUUUUAACAUUGCCCAUAAAUAGAUAAAUAAUUAAAGGCAAGAAAAGUUUUUAAAGUUAAAAGGGCUGGCACAAAUUAAUUAAAAAAAUUUAAAAGAUUGUAUUUGGAUACUGCCAAAUUAUUACCGAGACUAGAAAAAUGCAAUUUUGCCAUAUUUUAGAAUGGGCUGUUAUUGUUGGGUAAAAGUAAUACUAUGCUAGUCGAAGAAAAAAUCGUGCCGUAAGACAAUUUUCAGGGUAUAUAAUUUAUACCUUGUAUGUAUUUUGAAUAAGUGAGUACUCGUUUUUCAUUUGAUUUUGCAUUUUAUUAUGAUCCUGUUCUGGAUUCUUGGUUAAUUAUAAUUUUAUCUAAUAGAAUUAUGCUUUUAUAACUGAAAUUCUAAAUUAAUUAAUAGAAAUGUAACAAAUAGGACGAACGUGUCAUGGUUGGUCAAUUUUAGGUGAGUGUAAAAGUAAUGUUAAAUGGCAAAGUUGACAAAAAUGAAAAUCGAAAUGGUCAAUGUGAAUUGAUUUUUUUAAAUUAAAAAAUGGCGGUUAUAAUCUUUUAUAGGUAAUCCGUAGAAGUCGGAUGUCUGUUUCUAUUUAAUUUGAAUAUAAAAAUAAAUCAUGAAGUUAUGAUAAAGAAUACGUAUAUGUAAAAGAUAAAAGUUAGAUUUAAAGUGCUUGUUGUUACAUGUUAAAGCUUAUACAUUCCGUAGUUCAUCGGUGUUGAGGUAAUGGAAAAAUCAUCAAAAUUCAAAAUAUUGUAUACAUUUAUAUAAAGGAUUUUAUAGAGAACGUAGAAUAGGUGUACCCGAUUACCUGAUGAUGACACAUAGUCCUGAGGUUUAUAAAUAUUUGAGUGUCUCUGUCUCUGCGGAGAUUUUGCCUUAAUAUCUUUGUCAGGCACUCAGAAAAGCAUUUCUAUAAACAUUUUGCCGCCCUUCUUUUCAUUUCAUUUGAUUCUUGGUAAUUACAACAUGUUAACAUCAUUUAAUAAAUAAAUUAUAUAUCAUUAUAUUUAUAGCAAAAAUCUAUAGUAUAUUGUAUACUAUCUUGUCUCAAUAAACUUUGUUUUGUACAUAACCAUUAUAAUCAAUUCAACUUUGGCAAUGAUGUGUCAUUAAUUUUAUAUAGUUGUUUUCUCUGUAGGUAUUUAUAUACUAUAUGUGAUAUAUCACACCAUUCACAACAUAUUGUAUACUAUCUUAAUAAAGACGAUCAGAAGUCACUGGUAUAUCUCAUAGAGUUAAUGUUGCAACUGUUUUUAUGCUUUAUACAUAUAAGUGACGAUGCUUUAAAAAAAAUAUGCGUAAUUAGUGAUUUAAAGGGGUGUAACGCGACAUAAUUUUAUUAGUUUUACCUUACCCGACGUUUCAAGGUACAUAUAUAUACAAAACGCGAGAGUUUAAUUGUUAUAUAUUAAGCACUUAUAUGCAAAAAUAAAAUUAUAAAACUCAGGAUUUUGUGCCAUAAUUUGUAGUUUGUUGUCAUAGAUAUAGUCAGUUGAAUGUUUAUACAUACCUAAAUUAGUUGCAUUCAAAAACAGUAUGUUAGACUAUUUUUUUAUUAAGUCCUACUGAGCUUUUAAAUCCGAUUUUAGAACCUAAAGCCAAUCAGAAUAGGAUAAAGUUAGUAGAAUGUCUGUUAAGGUAAAAUAAUAAAUAGUCUAGAAUUAAAAAUUGAUUCCAUCUAUACUUGACGCAUUGAAGGAUUUCAUCAAGCAAUUACGUAAUUUUUUAGUCGUUUUGUAGGUUAUAAAGUGUCGUUUUUAUUGUUUUUAUUGUGUGUUGCAUCAGUCAACUGGUUGGGACUAGUUUAACGCUUAUUUGGUACGCAUUGCAUGUCGCAAAGAAAUCGAGUAUUUGUGAAAUCUAUUUACUUAGGACUAGCUUUGAAAACAGUUGAAAAUUAUUUCUUGUUCUCUUUGACAAAAAGGAAAGCUUACUUAAAGUCAGGCCUUGUAUUCUGGUUUUCUUUGAAAUCUUAAGUUAUAUAUAAUAAAUACUAAAGUACUGCGCAAAAAAACUGAAGAAUAAAUUUAAAAUUGAUACAAUAUAUAUAGACGGUAUUUUUUUGCGUUAAAGUUUAAAGAAUAAUUAUUGGGUCUUCUAUAAAUGUUUUUUUUUCUCGGAGAGCAAUUUAAAAAAAAACAUACCUACUCAAAGUGGGUGGAAAUAGUGACAUUAAAGAGAACGUUCAGUAAAAACCUGUACAUAAGAAUAAGAAUAAAACGUUUAAGCGAUCUUAAACGUUUCGAAUCGGAUUCAGAUUUAUAAAAAUCUAAUUAGCUAAGAACUAUAUAUUUUUUACCGUCGUAUUUUCGCGUAGGUGUUUCGCAUAACCUCUCUUGGAAGGCUUUUUAAUUAUUUUUGCUAUGUAUUUAUAGUGUUAAUUUAGUGUGCUGCUGAAUGCUUAGCUAGUGAUCAUCAUUUUAUUUCGGCAUAUCCAGAAGGGCGUAUUUAAGCGUUUACCAACAAAAAUAAUCGUAAAAUAUUGACGAUUAUCAAAAAACUUAAACCUUUGCCUGUAUUAUUUUUAAUAACUUUAUAUUUUCUAAGUUAAACAUAAAAAAGCGAUAUUGUCGUAUCAUUUUUAGAGUGCUUUAAUUGGUGUUAAAUCCUAUGUAAUUUUUUAUAACGGGCAAAAAAUUGGUUUCAAAGUUAAUUCAAUAAUAAUUGGCAAAAUUGAGGAAAAACGUAAAUAUGUUUUAUUUCUUUCCAUAAAGUUCUGUUAAAUUAAAAUAGACGUCAAUGUUUUUUGAAUGAAUGCGUUAAAUAUUGAAAACGCUUAAAUUUAACCCGAUAUCACAUAAGGGCGUAAAGAGUUAAAAAUAUUGUAAGUAUUAAAGAAAGGUCAAAAUGAGAGGAAUUAUUCUAUAAAUGUACAUAAAAUAGAAAAACAAACGACGCCGUGGAAGGCUCAUUACAAUGUUUUCAUAGCUAGGUGUAACAUUUUAAAAGAAAUAUUUUUAUCUUCCGAUCAUACUACCUCUUUAUUUUAACUGAAAUAUAUAAUCAACAGGUUUUAAAGAAACUUUUAUAGCAAAUGGCAUUAGAAAAAUAGAGCUCAGAGAAACGGUUCGGGAAAAAAAUACCGGAGAAAAAAAACGCUAUCUUCACAAAGGUUAAGGAUAAAGUCACAGAUACGGUUAUAUUGAAAGCAAAUUUGGAUCAUAUUCAAAAUCAUUUUGAUACGCCUAUUUUUCUAAUAUCAUAAUUGUUGCUUUUUAUGAAAAAGGACAAUCACAUAAAAACGCUUUUCUAGUACAACGUUUAGGACAUAUCAAUAAAUUAAUUUCUGAUAAACAUUUCAAAUAAACAUAUUUUCUGGAAAUGUUGUUUUAAACUAAGAAAAGAAUAUAAAUAUUUUUGCGCACUAUAUAAAAAUAAAUUUAUUUUAAAACUUUUUUUAAUGCAUUCGGUGUUGCUUAUUUGUCAUUUACUAGCUCACUGAAUAUUCGAUCGUGUUUGGUGAUUUACUGUUGUUACGAUUACACAAUUCAUCGACCAAUGUAAUCAGAAAUGUAAUCGUUAUGUCACCGGUCGCGCCUCUGCCGGACGAUGUUGCUAAUAAAAACCUUUACAGUACAUAUGGGGCUACUUUAUAGCACUAGUGCGAGAAGUAGCAUAUUACGUUACUGUGUCGAACAUUUAAAGGGCCAUAUGUACUGUAAAACGUUGUACGAUACAUGUGCGAAUAGGUAAUUCGCAACUCGUGUCGAUUUAAAACACUCCCUUCGGUCGUGUUUUAAUUUAUCGCCACUCGUUUCGAAUUUCCUAUUUUUCGCACUUGUAUCGUAAUGUACUAUAAUGUGUUUGAAUCUGAAUGCACUUAGGCUUUUAUUUAGACGAUCGCCAUUUUGGAGCUUGACUAAUGUCAUAUUUACGAGUUCUUAUAAUUAAUACAAUUCCAUUUAAUGCCCUAAAAAAAUAUAAAAAAAUACUAAUUAUGAUCGAUAUUUGUCAAAAUACGUAUUUGCCAAAAUACCUUUAAAAGAACAAUAACGGUUAAUAGUUGAAUUGUUUUUAUCUGUAUUUAUUUACAAACAAAUUGUACAUCAUUUUAUUUCAAAGCCAUAAAUCGUAAAUUCGAAUUGGUUUGACCUUAUAUGAAUGAUAAUUUCGCAUAUAUUUGUCUCUUUUAAAAUCAUUUUUAGGGUUCCGUAGCCAAAUGGCAUAAAACGGAACCCUUAUAGUUUCGCCAUGUCCGUCUGUCUGUCUGUCUGUCUGUCUGUCUGUCUGUCUGUCUGUCUGUCUGUCUGUCUGUCCGAGGCUUUGCUCCGUGGUCGUUAGUGCUAGAAAGCUGAAAUUUGGCAUGGAUAUAUAAAUCAAUAAAGCCGACAAAGUCGUACAAUAAAAACUAAAAAUUUAAUUUUUUUUAGGGUACCUCCCCUACACGUAAAGUGGGGGUGAAUUUUUUUUUUCGCUUCAACCCUAGAGUGUGGGGUAUCGUUGGAAAGGUCUUUCAAAACUAAUAGGGGUUUUCAAGAAACAUUUUUUGAUGAAGUGGAUAUAUUCGGAGAUAAUCGCUCCGAAAGAAAAAAAAAAUGUGUCCCCCCCCUCUAACUUUUGAACCAUAGGCCCAAAAAAUAUGAAAAAAAUCGUGGAAGUAGAGCUUAAGAAAUACAUUAAAUGAAAACUAUAGCGGACAUGAUCAGUUUAGCUGUUUUUGAGUUAUCGCAAAAUGUUUUCCCUUCAUAGUAAAAAGACUUACUUUAAUUAGGUACUGAUUAUGAAAAUUUGCCUAUUUGUUUAACUCGGGUGAAAGGUACCAUUUAUUACACUUUAAGCUCCAGUU